GAGUACGGCCAUUUACUGGAGAUAUACAACUUCAGUAGAGAGAUAACGACUGCUGAUCUCAUGAUGGCAUUCAAUAAGUUUCAUUCUCAGGGAUUUGAUAUCAAAUGGGUGGACGAUACACACGCCAUUGCCAUUUUUAAUAGCUCAACCACCGCCACAACUGCCUUGACGAGUUUCCAUCAUCCGAUCAUAAAACUGAGGUGCAUAGAUCAGGCAACUCGACAAACGAAAGUUAAAAUCAGCAAAUGUAGUGACUUCCUCCUACCAUACAAGGAGAGGCCUGUGACGGUGACGCACGUGGUGAGGAAUUUGGUUGCCGGAGCUCUGGGCAUUAGGACGAAUGUUUCGAAGGAAAAAAGAGAGGAAGAGAAGAAGAAGAUUCAAGAAGCCAGAGAAAAAAGGAAGGCAGAUUUGAAGAGCAGGAAGGACGCGUGGGAAGGCAAUCUAUAA